CCAUUUCCCGUGAGGCCCAGCGGUGCGGGCCUGCGGCGGCGCUGCGGGAGGGCUGUGGACGGCGGAGCAGGUCAAUUUCCCCAAACAGUGCCAAAGGAAUGAGGAUGGGACCAGAAAAUACUGCCAAGGAAACAGUCCUCAUUACUGGAGGAGGUGGUUACUUUGGCUUCCGUUUAGGUUGUGCCAUGUACCAAAAGGGAGUUGAUGUGAUUCUCUUUGAUGUUGUGAAGCCACGUCAAACUGUGCCAGAGGGAAUAAAGUUCAGGCAAGGGGAUGUCUGUUGCCUGUCUGAAGUGGAAGAGGCUUUUAGCGAUGUAAUCUGUGUAUUCCAUCUCGCUUCCUAUGGAAUGUCUGGUAGGGAGCAGCUGAACCGGAAACUGAUAGAAGACAUUAAUGUGAAAGGAACAGAAAAUGUCAUCCGAGCCUGCAAGAGCACAGGAGUGUCGAGUCUGGUUUACACAAGUACAUAUAAUGUGAUCUUUGGAGGUCAGGUUAUAGAAAAUGGGGAUGAAUCUCUGCCCUACCUACCUCUUCACCUUCAUCCAGACCACUACUCCCGGACCAAAUCUGUAGCUGAAAUGAAGGUGCUGGAGGCAAAUGGUGCUGAGCUUGGAAAUGGCAAAGGUGUAUUAAGGACUUGUGCUCUCCGACCAGCAGGCAUCUAUGGACCUGGAGAACAAAGACAUCUUCCAAGAAUAGUUAGCUACAUUGAAAGGGGACUGUUCAAAUUUGUAUAUGGAGAUCCACAGAGUCUAGUAGAAUUUGUACAUGUAGACAAUCUAGUUCAGGCUCACAUUCUUGCCUCUGAGGCCCUCAAAGCUAACAAAAAGCACAUAGCUGCAGGCCAAGCCUACUUUAUUUCAGAUGGCAGGCCUGUAAAUAACUUUGAAUUUUUCCGACCCUUAGUGGAAGGUUUGGGUUACAAGUUCCCAACCUGUCGCCUGCCUCUUUCCAUUGUCUACUUUUUUGCAUUCCUUACUGAAGUAGUUCAUUUUCUGGUAGGACAUGUUUAUAAUUUUCAGCCUCUCCUCACUCGCACAGAGGUUUACAAAACAGGUGUCACACAUUAUUUUAGUAUGGAGAAGGCCAGAAAGGAGCUGGGGUAUGAGCCUCAGCAGUACAGCCUGAAUGAAGUGGUUGAGUGGUUUAGAUCUCAGGGCUGUGGACCAAAGCCAAGAAAGUACAGCAUUGUGCAUCUUGCUAGAGAUGGCGGAUUGCUCUUCCUGCUGAUUGCUGUGAUGGUCUCAUGGCUUUCUUCCACAGUUACAUUUUCACUCUGAAAGAUGAAAUGCUGCAUAUGGAGGACAGAAUUUAGUUACAUCUCUGAGCACUUUUGCUUUUGACAGCUAAUGAAACAAAACCCAAGAAAUUAAAAUAGAUGUUUAUGUCAUGUCAUUCAGGUAAAUAUCUCAGCAGGUUUAUCCCCAAGGACCAGAAAUGCUGAGUAAAAAGAUAAUUUUUCACACAUAGUUCCUUUUCAAAGCAAAAAUUGUUCAGACCUCUAACAAGAUGAAGUUCAGUAUUGCUCCAAACAGCAUUUUAUUUUCAGGUACAACAGCACACUACAUUGAAUGGAACAAGUGUCCUUAGGCUGACCCUUCUUCCCUGACGGGACUGUACUGUUCAUUAUUGCCUUUUAUUCCUCAAAAUUUGGUGCUACACAGUUCCUUCAUCAUAUUCCAAAACCAAAUUCUGCUUUCCAGCUUGGUGUUGAGUGAAGUGGGGGUAGAUUUAGUAAGAGAUGAAGCCCCUUGCUUUCUAGCCAGUUUUCAGAGAUUAGAAAGGCUAGGGGCCACUGGAUUUUUCUCUUGAUAGUGAUGGCAGUUGGGGAGGGUUACAGUUCCAGCACCAGAUGCAUGAACAGCCCAGUUGUGCUGUAGUGGGGUUGUGUUUCAGCAUGAAUGAUGAGGUUUAUUUACACUUGCAACAGAUUCUUUAGAUUGGCAGUGAUGGGGACUUGACUGCAGCAAUCGCUCUACAGCUUUACAGUUACCUAGGACAAAAUACGCUGGGUAGCAGUGCCAGGACAGUUUAUCAAAAGGGGUAUCCCUGCUGGGGAGGGUAAGGAAGACAAGCCUGUCACACUGUCCCCAGUGUUUUGUUUGUGGAAUUCUCACCUGCACUCUGGGUUCCAAAAGGGCUACACUGAUACCUCGGAUUGCUGUUGUGUAAAGUGUGGGAGUGGGACUGCAGCUGUAUCACUAAGUGGGCUUUUGGGUUGCACAAACAUUUCUUCAUGGCCUUUCAGACUUGAUGUCAUCUACUGGGAAAAAGCCAUCUUCUGCCAGGAAUAGCUAACUGCUGGGAUAAGCAAGACAAAGGCAUUCCAGGGCCAUACCUGAUCUCAUCACUGAACAUGGACAGCUGGGCCUUCACUCAGUGUCUGGUUCAGAUCUAGAUGCUUAUCAGCAAGUUAUGCUUUCCUAUUUCCAGUAUUUGUGCUUCCUGCACUUGGAUGUAUAUAUGCCUAAUCAAGAUUAACUGAGUAGCUCCUAAACAAUAAAUAAAUGUUUCUUCUAAUACAUUCUGGUUUGCUUUUCUGAGUUAACUCUGUGAUAUCUGAUGACAUUUCUGGGAAAAGCAUAAUGGUUAAUCUGAGUUACACUGCUUGGAGCAACAAAGAUUUGUAGAUUUUUCUAACAGUAAAAUAUGACUGUUUAAAAUGAAUGAGCUACUUAAGUAUAUUCAUAAAUAAGACCUAUGAUUUUUCCCAGCAUUACUGAAGGGUUAAACAAAUAAUCCAUCAAAGACAUUUACUAAAUUAUUACAUUCAUUUCCCACUGUUUAUACAACAUUUAGCAUUUAAUAAUAUUUCUUUUAACACUCAACACAACCUGAAUAGAACUUCAGCUCUGUAGUAGGAUGAUAAGCACUUGAUACAAUGAAACUCCUGUGGCAUUUUAAGAACAGAAAAUAAGAAGCUCAAGUACAGGUCACUGCUGACUCUAACAACUCCCUCAUCUCUGUCAGUUUUAACAGAAAUUUCACAUCAAAAUGUUAAAUCACAAAGUUGUUUAAGCCAUUAGCAUUAC